AUGGCUGAAGAAACACUUGCCUCGGCAGUCACAGUGCCUGAGCAAGAGACUGCGCGCCAAUCACCGGAAGUUGCCACAAAGCGACGACAGUCGUCAGUAUCAGAAUACGAUAGCAAACGCCGGCGACUUAGCUCCCAAGGCAACAUCUCCCCACAGUCAGAGAGACGGCGCCGAUCUUCCCCACCAGCUGCGGGAGGUGACUCGUCUGAACAAAAAGCUGAAAGGCCACGAGGAGGCCGGGAGGAAGAUCGCAAGCGUGGUCAACGACUGUUUGGUGGGUUGUUGGGUACUCUUUCCCAGAAGCCGAGCAUUGCGGCACAGCGACGCCGCGCCGACAUUGAGAAGAAACAACAAGAGAAACUGAAGACACAAGAUGUGGAAUACGACGAAUUGAGGAAGCGAAGGAAAGAAGAACGUGAAGAGCUCCGCAGGAGGCAAGCGCCGCUGUAUGAGCGGGAAGCGAUGCAAACACGACACUCGAACAUGAUUGCCAUGGCGCAUUUCUUCAAAACCCGGGCAGAGCCCGUCUUGUAUUAUAAACCAUGGCAACCAAGGCCUGGGGAUGAUUCUAUUAUCAGAGAGCAGAUUGAAAAUGCAGAGGCUGUAGUGGCUCGUGAGGUUGCUGAAUUCGAAGCCAAGUACCCACCAGAAGCCUUGGCUCCCAAGAUGCCAACACCCGAAUCGAAAUCAGAACAAGAAGAACCAAUUGGAAAGCAACAACCAGAUAUCCAAUCAGACCAACCAUCGGCUCCGCAGGAAAACCCUACAGAUUCAGAGUCCAAGGUCCAGGCUCAGAGUGCUCUGGACACAGCACGUGUGGAAUCUGAUCAUGGACCUGAUCCUCAAAACGAUCAAAAUCCUGCUGCAAAGGAUCGAAACAUUCAUGAACACCAUGAAUCCCACAACGAUGACGGAGGAGAAGUUGUCGAGGACAACGAGGAUACUGUGAUUUAUUAG